AUGUUUUCUUCCCAACAGUAUAAACAAGCUGUCCAUGAACUUGUGCGUUGUGUUGCACUGACAAGAAUUUGCUACGGUGACUCACACUGGAAACUAGCAGAGGCACAUGUUAAUCUGGCUCAAGGCUACCUCCAGCUGAAAGGGUUGUCGCUGCAAGCAAAACAACAUGUAGAAAAAGCCCAGAAAAUCCUCAGCAGCGCCAUUGAACCUCCCUAUAAUGAUAAUACAGAUGUUUUCAAGUGUUCCGUUGAACUUUUUCAUACCAUGGGGAGAGCCUUAAUCGCACUUCAAAAGUUUAAGGAAGCUUCAGAGAAUCUGGCGAAAGCAGAGAGACUCUCAAAGGAGCUGCUGCAGUGUGGAAGAAUUAUAAAGGAAGAAUGGGUCAAAAUUCAAGCAGAGCUCACACUGUCAUUGGCACA